AUGAAAUAUUUUUCGCAAAUUACUUCUAGGAAUAUAGUUUUAAUGGGUGCUAAAACUUUUGAAAGUAUUGGUAAACCACUGAAAAAUCGCCAUAACAUAGUUAUUACCCGCAAUAAAGAAAAAUACAAGAAUUGGCAGGAUAAAAACUUAAUUUUUGCCAGCGAUUUAAAAGGAGUUUUAGAAACCUACAAAGGAAAUAAAAACCAACAUAUUUUCGUGAUUGGUGGUCGGGAAAUUUACCAGCAAACUUUUUUUGUGGCUGAUUAUUAUUAUGUUUCAGUAGUAAAAGGAACUUGUGAAGGCGAUACUUAUUUUCCUUUUCCAAAUUGA